CAAUCAUCCAAAUUCCAAGUCCAAAGCAUACUAUUACCUCACACACUCAAUUAUCCAGGCCCUGUCUAAGCAAGAACAAUAAGAAGAAAAUGAAGCUCUCCAUCCUCUCCCUCCCCCUGGUGACCCUCGUGGCCACGGUCCUGGCCCAGAAACCUUCCAAAUGCGUCGAAACCUGCUCCAGCAAUGCCGGACCUUGCGACUUCAAAAAGCUUGACAUCGGCUGCAUGUGCAGCAACGCGGACUUCCAGGCCCAGGUCCGCGACUGCAUUCACAGGGACUGUCCUGAUCAGCUCAAAGACGCCGAGAGCCUGCAGCACAGCGUCUGUGGCUAGACCUGUCUUUUCUAAAUUGGUUGGAUAAAAAAUUUCUUGGUUUCUUUCUACAGGGAUGGGUGUGGACUGGUAUCUUCCAAUGGAGAGAAAGACGUGGUUGUUAUCUAUCCCACCUCGCUCGUUCCAGUGCUCUUGAAUAUAUGAUCUGUAUCCCAUACAAUGGGGUCUGUUGAAGAACAGUCGAAUGGUUUACACUCGCAGUCUGAAUACCUAUCCCAUUCAAAUAAAG